AGAAGUAGAGGUAAGUCCAGGUGUUACGGCUGGCCAGGGUGCGUGAAUAACGCAUCUGAAGCAGGCGAUGGGAGGAGUACCUGCCACAUCCAGCACUUGUACGUUGAAUAACUCGUCGACGAGUUCCGCUUGCAUGCAGUUUACCCGCCCCAUCACAAACAAAGGGCUCAGUCGGUGGUUGCCACAACCCUUGGCAGUCGCUAUUGCCCCUUUAAUGUUACUGGCAGGGAAACCUGCCUACAACGUGCGCGAGGAUGUGGCGAAAAAACUCUCCCCACUCCUGGUUUGUGGUUCUUCGCGCCGUCUAUGAUUCGAGUGUCGGGGGAGCUGGCUGGUUGUUGGAGAUGGCUGCAAGUUACUCCCAUAAGCAAACUGCGGCGGACUGUAGCUGGCUUCUGUGAGCUUUGAGAAAGUAGCGCUGACGGCUACCAAUGGAGGCCUCCCGUGAGCCUCACAGGUCAAGUGGCGUCGCGGUUGAGAGUCGCCCGUUCUCCCAGCAGCUGCCACAAGAUUUCGCUGCCUACCUGAAGCGAAACAACGUCGAUAUUUCUUCGUAUGACUCCCCUUUGGAAAUCCCCCGCUGCUUUGCUGUCCUCUAUCCUGUGCCUGCACUCACGCGCACUGCAGUGGCGACAGUCCAGGAAAUCUUAAGGAACGGGGGCGGACCCGCCGCCUCGCUCGUGAAGCUGCUGUAUUCUGCGGCGGUGGCUUCAGACAGAGUCGUCCGUGGCGCUGUGCCCUGUGUUGUACAUGAGUCUUUUGUACCUGCUGUACGAGCAAAAGACUGUGUGUUUCAUUCACUUGAUGCUUGCCGCCGAUCCCGGAUUGAAGCGGUUACCUCGCGAGAGGAGCCAGACUUCGAAGCUUCUUCCAUCCAGCGACCAGAAACAACUCAGAGCAGGCGGCAAUUGCCUCCUUUCGAUCGGUACAUCUCUUCUCUUUUGUCUUGCAUCCAGACGGAACUCAACCUACCACUUCCACCUUCGCCGGUGCCGUGGCUGCUCCCAAACUGCCUCGGCAGAGGGGACAGCCUAAGCUUUUCAGGAAAUGCGGCGCUCCUUCCGUCCUUUCCGUUAAUUUUUGCUCUUCCGCCUCAUGUGUCUCCUCGCAACUGCACUCCCUUCCGGCUCGGCCUGAUUCACCCCCUCGAUGCAGCAUCUGCUGCAGCUGCGGCUGCUCUGCGUCCCGAGCCAGGGGAUAUCGUGUGCGACCUUUGUUGCGCGCCUGGGAACAAACUGCUGCUUUUGGCCAACGCUGUUGCGGGCCUUCCGGCGGGCCGACCCAUCCCCUCGCGUGAGGCCAGGUGUUACCCGCAGCAGCUGUCAUGCCAGCCGGGAGUAGACGCUGGUGGUUUGGGCGACAGUGAGCAGCCGACCAGGCUCGCACAAGAGUCUCAGCAGCAGAAAUGCUCGGAACCUAAUUUUUUUAGCGCCAGGUAUGGCGGCAUGGUUGUCGGAGUGGAGGGUCGCCGACAUCGGGGAGACGUGUGUCGGCGCAUUGUUCGAAGACUUGGCGCCCGAAAUGUUCUUCUGGUGCUGCAGGAUGGCCGGUGUUUUACCGGCGGUUGUACGUGUUCGAACAACAAGACUGUCGAAUGUUUCGGAAGCUCGGAGGCACUCCAAAAGUUGAUGUUUGGUGAGCGCGGUCUCGACGAUGCUACGGACAAUGGUGACAGACGACCGUUAAGCGGUAACGCUAGCGGCAGACAGUCCUGCGGACACAACAGACCUUGGGGAGGCGGCCGUCUCUCGAGGCGAAAGGCGAGGAGACGGGAUGAAGCAGCUGAGGUGCCUUGCAUUGAUCUGCUUGCCGGACUCAAUAAUUUUAUAGAGUCCGACAGUGACACCGUGCCAGCAUCGGAUGGAACGCGGGAUGCGCUAGAAAAAGGAACAAGCCGGAGUGCUCCUCCGCCUAGCGCGGCAAACGAGGCUCAGAAUCAACCGUGCGCAGAAGCAAGCAAUCGCGAUUGUUUUGAGAAGUUCGACAAAGUGCUUGUGGACGUAGAGUGCACGCAUGAUGGCUCGCUGCGACAUAUGCAGAAGUUCGGGCGCCAGUGGCGUUGGGACGACUUCCGAAAGAAAAUGCAAAUGACAUCAUCAGCGUCAGCGCCGAAACUGGCUGGCAGUGGGGUAGAGCCAACCCGACGGGCAGGUGUGGACUAUGCUGAUAGUCAGGAAGUGGCUGAAGAACAGUCUCAGGACCCAUGUUCCACCCAGCUAGUUGCAAAUGACAACCCUGUCGGACCCGCGAAAUUCCCAGAAGAGAGCGGGAUUAUUUCUGCCGAAAGCGUCUCGGCAAGCCAGAGGUUGACCUCCGCAUCCGCGCACUCCACUGAAUAUUACAUGAAGCUUCGGCAGCGUCAGCGCCAACUGCUUCAGCGCGGUUUCGAGCUCCUCCGUCCAAAUGGACUGCUUGUCUACAGUACAUGCAGCAGGUGCGAGGAUCAGAAUGAGCAAAUUGUUCGGGAUUUCCUUAGGUGCAACGACACUGCUGUUUUGUAUCCGUUGCCAUGUCGGGGCUUACGAAACGCAGUGUCAGAAGAAAGUCCGCAAGUGUCGGAGCCACGUGAUGUCCAGCCGUCACAGAGUAGUACCACGUUUUGGGAGCGGUGUCAGCUUCUCAUGAAUGAGCAGGUGUCUGGUGAAUGGCCGGCUGUCCCGUCCAGCCUUUUCCUCGAUGAGAGUCUGCGACGGCACCCCGCAGCCUUUUCUUUUGAUGAUGUCAUCGGCGCAUCACGUAGAAAUGAGGGUCCAUUCCACAGCCUGGGGGGUGCGAAAAAAGGCUCUGCUGUUACGAAGCAGGAGGACUGCCGUAACUACCGCCCCUGUAGCUGUUACUUCGGGCCACAACAAAGCGGAACGAGUGGGCUGUUUCUCUGUUGCAUUACAAAGUUAUCCUGUCCACCCUAACGAACACGCUUGGCGCGUGACGAAGGCUUAUUACUGGAAGAGUCUUGACUUGGCGGGCGUUGUAGUCCUGUGAAUAUAAGCAUACUGCGGCGCGUGUGCCCGAGAUGUCUUGUUUGUCCACUCCGCUCGGUUGUCACCAAAAAAAACCUGAACCCAAGGUGCUGUUUUCGUUUUUACGUGGGUUCUCCAUUUCGAACGUCACCACGAAGUCAACCUCCCAGGCACGCACCUUAUCUUUACUCCUUGGCGCCGCAAGUAGAUGUGAACAAUAAAAAGAAGCGUGCAACUU